AUGUGUCUCAACCAGUGGCAGACACUGCUAAGAGAAGCUCUUCUCGGCGCAGGUGUGAAGAUCCUCUCCACAAAGACGCCGAUCACGAUCACGACCGCGACCACGGUAGCUGUGUCCAAGAUGAUUUCGAAACUGAUCAUCCGCCGCAUUGGGAGCGUCUCGUCCACGACGGGCGACAACCCGCACGCCAUGGCCCGGAUGGUCCAACACGGCAAUGUCGACGUGAUCAUUGGGGACUGGUUUUCGGAGAUGAAAAUUGCCUGGAAUGCCAUCGCGAAGCAGCAGAGCCACGAUCUGGGCUAUGAGAGGGGCAUCUCCUUCAAGAUGCAACUUAAAAUGUGUCUAGAAAAGAGAUGUGUUUUCAAUUAG